CGCUCCACGCGGCUGCAGAGGUCUUCCGGCACGGCUGUCUCGCUGUCUGGGCCAGAGAACGCAGCGCAGGACCACAGCAACUUCCGUGCUUGGAGCCUUGCUGGGGUGCUGGAGACCCGCAGGACCGACUCCCUGUGGCUCACAUGAGUGGGGACAGAGAGGCACGAAGGACCCCCCGGGAAGAAACUCCCCCGAAGCAGGCUCUCCGAGCCAUCAAGGACCGCGUCUGGCCUGACAGGAAAGGAACAUUGUGGAGGAGGCAGCUCAGAGAGUGGGCCGUCAAAAGUGAAGGCGACACAGUUCCUGAGAAACUUGGAGAACCUCUCUGUCCCACGCACAGACCCAAAUGGAAGCCAGCUUUGGGUUUGGAACGCAGCUAAAAAUGCUGAAAAUGUGGCUCGAUACUACUCAGUCCUUGUCCUACUGAUGGCUGGGAAGGAAACGGCUCCUGUAUCUAGUCAGAAUCUUUCUGCCCAAGGAACACGGAGCGCCAGCGUGAGAAGAGAAGCUCGGGUUGGUGGAAACUUGUGCUGGGGUCCCCGGAAGCCGGACAGCGCGGAGCUGGGCAAGGAGCGGCGGCAUGGAGGCUCUCACCACUCAGCUGGGGCCGGGUCGCGAGGGCAGCUCCUCACCCAACUCCAAACAAGAACUGCAGCCCUAUUCGGGCUCCAGCGCCCUCAAACCCAACCAGGUGGGCGAGACGUCGCUGUACGGGGUCCCUAUCGUGUCGCUGGUCAUCGACGGUCAGGAGCGCCUGUGCCUGGCGCAGAUCUCCAACACCCUCCUCAAGAACUAUAGCUACAAUGAGAUCCACAACCGCCGCGUGGCCCUGGGCAUCACGUGCGUGCAGUGCACGCCGGUGCAGCUGGAGAUCCUGCGCCGGGCCGGGGCCAUGCCCAUCUCUUCGCGCCGCUGCGGCAUGAUCACCAAGCGCGAGGCCGAACGCUUGUGCAAAUCCUUCCUGGGCGAACACAAGCCACCCAAGCUGCCUGAGAACUUCGCCUUCGACGUGGUGCACGAGUGCGCGUGGGGCUCGCGCGGCAGCUUCAUCCCUGCGCGGUACAACAGCUCCCGGGCCAAGUGCAUCAAGUGCGGGUACUGCAGCAUGUACUUCUCGCCCAACAAGUUCAUCUUCCACUCGCACCGCACCCCCGACGCCAAGUACACCCAGCCCGACGCCGCCAACUUCAACUCGUGGCGCCGUCACCUCAAACUCAGUGACAAGUCGGCCACAGACGAACUGAGCCACGCUUGGGAGGACGUCAAGGCCAUGUUUAACGGUGGCACGCGCAAGCGGACCUUCUCGCUGCAAGCAGGCAGCGGAGGCGGCGCGAACGGCGGGUCAGGCGGACAGGGGAAGGGGAACUCCGGGGGCGGCGGCGGCCCAGGGUGCGGCGCGGAGAUGGCCCCAGGCCCACCGCCCCACAAAAGCCUGCGCUGCGGCGAAGACGAGGCAACCGGGCCACCGGGCCCACCUCCUCCCCACGCAACGCGCGGGCUGGGGCUGGCGACAGGCGCCAGCGGCCCGGCGGGCCCAGGAGGGCCUGGAGGUAGUGCGGGCGUGCGUAGCUACCCGGUGAUCCCGGUGCCCAGCAAAGGGUUUGGUCUCCUGCAGAAGCUCCCCCCGCCGCUCUUCCCGCACCCCUACGGUUUCCCCACGGCCUUCGGUCUAUGCCCCAAAAAGGACGACCCAGUGCUGGGCGCGGGUGAACCCAAGAGCGGUCCUGGCGCUGGGAGCGGCGGCGGCGCUGCGGGUACUGGAGCGGGUGGCCCGGGAGCUGGCCACUUGCCCCCGGGAGCAGGGGCGGGGCCGGGCGGCGGGGCCAUGUUCUGGGGACACCAACCCUCCGGGGCAGCCAAGGACGCAGCGGCGGUGGCUGCAGCGGCAGCGGCCGCUACCGUGUACCCGACGUUCCCCAUGUUCUGGCCAGCAGCGGGCAGCCUCCCGGUGCCACCCUACCCGGCCGCACAGAGCCAGGCCAAGGCCGUGGCUGCCGCAGUAGCAGCGGCAGCAGCGGCCGCGGCCGCAGCUGCUGGCGGGGGCGGACCAGAGUCCCUGGAUGUUGCGGAACCAGCCAAGGAGGGCAGCCUCGGCGCGGAGGAACGCUGCCCGAGCGCGCUGUCCCGCGGGCCGCUGGACGACGAGGGCGCGGACGAGGCGCUCCCCUCCUCUUUGGCCCCCCUGCAGCCCCCGCCGCCUCCACCUGCGCGCAAAGGCUCCUACGUUUCGGCCUUCAGACCGGUGGUCAAGGACGCCGAGAGCAUCGCCAAGCUCUACGGCAGCGCCCGCGAGGCCUACGGCGCGGGGCCGGCGCCUCCUGCUCGUGCGCCCGGGCCUGGCACCGGUCCCGGAGGCGGCUACGUGAGCCCGGACCUUCUAAGCGAGGGUAGCUCUAGCUACCAUUCUGCCUCGCCCGACGUGGACACCGCGGACGAGCCCGAGGUGGACGUGGAGUCCAACCGCUUCCCAGACGAGGAGGGCGCCCAGGAAGAUUCGGAGCCCAGUGCGCCCAGGGCAGCCAGCGCGGGAGGUGGCCCAGACGGUGAUCCGUCCGCUGGGCCCCCCUCUGCCACCUCCUCAGGCGCGGAUGGUCCCACAGACUCUCCUGACGGUAGCCCCCACCCCCGGCGACGUCUCGGGCCAACCCCAGGUCGGUCGGCUUACGGGGACUUGGUGGCCGACGACCUGCUACGGAGACCGGAGAGAAGUCCGCCGACCAGUGGCUACGAGCUGCGAGAGCCUUGCGGACCCCCAGGAGGCCCCACGACGGCCAAGGUGUACGCGCCGGAGACGGACGAGCACGUGAAGAGCGCGGCGGCGGCGGCGGCGGCCUCCUACCUCUGCGCCCACGAGGCCCACGAGCCAGAGAAGGAAGACAAUCACUCGACCACCGAUGAUUUGGAAACGAGGAAAUCCUACUCAGACCAAAGGAGCAUCUCCCAGCCAAGUCCCGCAAACACAGACCGAGGGGAAGACGGACUCACCUUGGAUGUCACAGGAACUCAGCUGGUGGAGAAAGAUAUUGAAAACCUGGCUAGAGAGGAACUACAAAAGCUACUCCUGGAGCAAAUGGAGCUCCGCAAGAAGCUGGAACGAGAAUUCCAGAGUCUCAAAGAUAAUUUUCAGGAUCAAAUGAAGAGGGAAUUGGCUUAUCGAGAAGAAAUGGUGCAACAGCUGCAAAUUGUCAGAGAUACCUUGUGUAACGAACUUGACCAGGAGCGAAAGGCACGCUAUGCCAUCCAGCAGAAAUUAAAAGAAGCCCACGACGCCCUGCACCACUUCUCCUGCAAGAUGCUGACGCCCCGCCACUGCACCGGCAGCUGCUCUUUCAAGCCCCCGCUGUUGCCCUAGGGCCUGCCCGGCCUCGCCCGCGCCCUCGAGCCGUGCUGCUCCUUCCUGUAAAUACCCGCCGAGACGCCCGCGGCAGCAGCAGGAACAAGCCAUUGGACCGACCGACGUAAAUACCGCCCGCCUGCCCGCGCGCUUCGCUUCGGGGCUCCCCGACCGCGCCGCCCCUCCCGGGCCGGGCUCCUUCCCAAGUGUAAACACCGCUUUGCCCUCGGUUAAGCUCCAGGGCCUCGGAGCUCAAGGGGUUAACUGGACGGGAAAAGGGGGACAAAGAGGACAGCUCCCAACCCCCCAGCGUGGCCGGGUGUGCAGCCGGGGACCCCGUUGUGAAUACGCCUUAGCGACUUCGCUGGCGCCGGCUGCCCCUCCCUGUCCACUUCUGAAACUGUUCCCAAGGACAAAGUGGCUAUGUGCAAUGGAUGUAAAUGUCCCGAGUCUCGGUUCCGUGUUAGGUUCUCGUUCAUUUCUUUGUGAGUCUCAGUUACGUUCCUUUUUUCUCCUGGUCCCGCUUCCCCUCACAUUUUGCAUCCUCCCCACCCUUUUUUUGCUUUGUCUUGUUUCUGUUGUUGUAACCUCUUGAUGUCACAGCACUUUAAAAGGGCGACACCUGACUCACGAGAAGGCGACCACCUUGAGCCUGUUUGGGGGAGACCACCCUGUAUCCGUGACUUUUGUUUUUAAUAAAAGAAAAACCUGUCACUUUC